GAUCCCAAAUUAAGUAUCUAAAGUUCUUGUGUUAUGGAAAUCGGAAACAACGAAGGUACCAUAAACACCCAGAACCGAGACAAUAAUUAUAGAAAAGUUAAUUAUCUACAUUGAAUCGGCUGCCGGGGAUCAAACACCACAAAGGUCAAGUGGUAUGAAUGCCUGCAUCUCCACUUUUCUUUAUUAAGUAAUAAACUCUCAUUUCAGCAAUUAAAAAUCAACGAAGAAUAGUACAUGGUAACUUUACAACAACACCCAAAAGGUACAUGGUAUAUCUUACAAAAGCGGAACAAUCGCCACUCAUAUAUGACAAUUGGAUAUGUGGUGGAGCAAUAGUAAGCCCAUUCUUCAUCGUAACGUCUGGCGCAUGCGUGGAAGACGUGCAGUUCAUGUAUGCCGUGGCUGGCUACGACAGAUACGUAAAACCGAGUUCUAACAACUUUACAAAGGACGAUUGCAUUAAGUCGUCCAAGAAGAAAGUUGUUUUCACAUGUACCCCCAAAAAUUACGAAUUUGCAUAUAACGAUGUCGACAAAUGGUCCAAUAUAGACAUAGCUGUAGUAAAAGUGGAGUCGCCUUAUGAUUUCGACGGCGAAAAAGCUGCACAAAUUUGCAGUUGGGUACCUGGUCCAAUUGAUAUAAGCUUUGACUAUAAACACUCGGAACCAGGCAGAGAUGCCAUGGUACUUGGAUGGGGACAUUCUGACAAAUGGCGAAAGGUCAGAGAUAAUAAAGACUACAACUCGGAAAAACUAAAAUAUGCUGCAGUACAAUUGCUUAACAAAACGACAUGUAAAUCUAUGUAUAAAAAUUUGCCAGACAUGGCCCCCAUAAUAGAUAAGUAUAUGAUCUGCAGUGACCAACCGGGAGGCAUAGACGAUGGAGGAAAUCAGAUACAGAAUGAAAAAGUAACGCCACUGCUAAAUGGAUGUAUUCAAAAAAUCAACCCUGUCACAGGAAGAAUGAACGAAUGUGUGGACGAAUUUGGAGCUGACCAAUUUCAUCAAGCGUAUGACAUUGUACGUGGCGUUAGAAGAAGUGACAAUUUUAGAACAAAUAACAGUAGCAAGAACAACACCAACAGUAUGCCGCUUCCCGGCUUUGAUUACACAGCAUACACCUCUUACGGUUAUUUUGGAAAUUAUUCUCACUUAAGGACACGAAGAGAAAAUGAUAACUUGACAUCCAAUCUGACUUUUUCUGAACCCGUAGUCGGACCUACACGAAGACAUGGCAUAUGUCAGAAUGACCACGGAGGACCUCUCGUAACUUGGGUCGGAUCACAAGAAAUUCUUAUCGGGGCUGCUUCAGUGUUUCUCGUAAACAAUAACUCUUUAUGCAUUGGACCUUAUCUCUAUACCAGUACUCAAUGCAACGGAGCAUUUUUAGGCUGUGUUUUGGAACAAGAAUCCACUGAAGAGAACAUGUCAGGUCGAAGAAAUUGGGGAAAUAGUUUCGAUAGAAGAAUUUGUCAUCUUCCACCUCAACAGAGAGGAUUCGAAUUAGUCGAAAGAAGAAUCUCCUGGUUGCACCAUCCAGAUGGGCCUGCAGCCAAUGAAAUGCCAAAAGAAGAUUUAUUCGAAAGACCUCAACUUCCACUUAGAAGCUUUAACGACGACAAUAUUUUUAAACAACAGGAAAACGCACAAGUUGAUUUAGAAAUCCAAUUUUCACAACAGGAACAGAAAUAACGUCAACUCGAUUAGAUAUUUUUUGUACAAAUAUACAUUUAAUUAUUUUACUAGUAAUCUAUUUUAAUUUUG